AUAGGAGGUAUAAAUAAGUGGAACUAGUUCUUGAUUGCUACACAAACUAGUGAGAAAUCAGCUUUCUUGCACUUCUGGAUUACUGUUUGAAAAACACAACAAUAUGUACUUCAGCGUGACAAUGCAGGGAACAGCGAAUCAAAUCGGGUUAAGAAAAUGUGGCCCACUUGGAAAUACCCACAUACUGGUGGACUUUCUUGGGGAGGGUGGCUUUGGUUUAGUAACCAAAUGCAUCAGUACUGUAACUGGCACAGAGGUGGCCAUCAAGGUUAACAAGAACAGACCGCACAUUUUUGACCAGGCAAGACGGGAAAUUGCCAUUCUGAAGCGACUACGGGAUCUGGAUCCAGACACUUGCAACAUCGUGAAGUGGAAUGGUUUUUUCUUCCAUAGGGAGAACAUCUGUCUUAACUUUGAGCUGCUGGAUAAAAGCCUGCAUGAUUACAGGGUGCGCAGAAGAAACCAGAAUCUUUCCAUGAGAGAGCUGAGACCAGUCAUUCAUCAGCUGGCCACAGCCCUGUCCCACCUGAGUUCCAAGCAAAUUGUUCAUGCGGACCUCAAACCUGAAAAUGUUAUGGUCGUGGACAGCAGGCAGCACCCAAUACGAGUCAAGCUGAUCGACUUUGGCCUGGCACAUCCGAGGUUUGGCAUUGAUCCUGGUGCCUGUGUUCAGACCACCUGGUACAGGGCACCAGAAGUCAUACUACAACUUCCUUUUGAUGAGGCCAUAGAUAUGUGGUCUCUAGGCCUGACGAUUGUAGAAAUGGCUACAGGGUGCCCCAUGUACCCCGGGGACACAGAAUAUGAUGUGCUGAGAUACAUCGUAGAAACCCAGGGCCAGCCGCCAGAUCAUAUGCUGGACAGCGGGAUGGCAACCAAAUAUUAUUUUGCGACCCAGAACAACGGCGAGCGGCGCUGGAGGUUGAAGACACCCUGGGAGAUCAGAGCCGAGACAGGGAUGCCAUCCAUGGAUGGAAGAUACUGUGUUCUCAAGUGUCUUGACGACCUUGAGCAGCAGAUAGUGUCAGACACCGAGGACCCGAGUGAAAAGCGGCUGUUGCUGGACCUGAUUAAAAGGAUGCUGGAGCUGGACCCUGUUCAGCGCAUCAAACCACUGGAGGUCCUGCAGCAUCCAUUCCUUACUCAGAGCCUCAAAGCCGGCAUGCAAACACAAGAUUGCGAAGUGUCUAUUGUAUGUCAGGCGGGAGCAGAGAACAUUCACCAUGGGCUAGUUCUCUCCCCGACAGAUGAAUCAGCGUCCAGCAGUGACAAGGAAAAUGGCUCUCAGCCUGAGACCAAUGCUGAGAACCAAAGCUGGUUAAGGCGCCUUGUGGGAAGGAUAUCGGACACGUUAUCUUACUACUUCUGCUGUGGGUGAAGCUAACUACUGUGCCUCUGUGUGUCGUUAGCAAUGUCGCAUCGUGUGGUUUUCUCCGGGUGCUCCGGUUCGCCACCAGAUGAAUGAAUCUAAAAAAAAAAAAAAAAAGAAAAAAUUAACCUAGUCAAGAUGCGACAGGAAGAAAGUUUUGUAUUUGCAAAAAAACAUCAACAGCCAGAAAUCUACAGAAGCCCUAAAGGGACAAACAACGUUCUUAUGUGCACAGAAAACUUCUGUUGCGCACGAGAAACAUUCUGGUGGGCACGAGACACGUUCUCAUGCUCACAAGAAAGUGUCUUCAAGGCUUUUGAGGGAGAGCAAGUUGAUCGUCUUAAGCUACUUGACAGCAUGGUUAGCCUGAUCAAGUCUGUGAGCAGCAGGGAGCUGAAUCCACUGGCAAAUGUUGAUGUACUCAAAGGGCCAACAGAUGGAUACAUCAGUGCCAAACCGCACCUUUGUUACUUUUCUGAGUCAAAGGCAUCUGAGCUCCACCUUGCACCUGAGGACGAAAACAGUGUCUGAAAGCGCCAUGUAGCCUUCGAUAUCUCACUGAGACUGCCAGACAACAUCGAAGCAUUGCAGUAGAUGUCAGUUUUCAAUGUGGAAUCAAAACUCUAAAGCACAAUAGGUGCCCUGGAGAAAUAGAAAAGUUAGUCAAGCUCUUUGGCUACUCCCUUGCAGAUCUAGACAAGAUUGUCCAGCAAUGGCGUGCCAUCCAUCUCAGUAAAUGGGAUGAGUUUUAACAAAAAACACAUCAGAUGAGUGUGGUAAAAAUCAAACUCAGAAGUAGGAUGUCCUUGCAGACCCUUAGCUCCAUCCGGUACAUCGGAUAUGGGCUGAAGCUGUCUGGUGAGGCUUGCUAUGAGCACCAGCUGCCUGAUAAUGUUGUGCAGCGUUUUGGCACAUCAGGUGCUUACUCGUUUGAGUCAGUUCCCUCAGUUGCUGAACCUGCCAUGAAUUUGACAUUUCAUUGUAAGAUAAAAAAAAUAAAAAUAGAAUCGACAGAAGAAAGUUCAUA